CAAAUUUGGGAACAGGUUGAGUCUUCCAAAACUUAAAAUCAUCAUACGUCUUAGCUGGAGUUUCAGUCUCUUCUUCUACUAAAGAACGAAGUGCUAAACGGUCCAAAAGUUCGCGAAUUCCGCCCUCGGAGUAACUGCUUUCUGGUUUUUUCUCCCCUUGACUAUUUCUAUUAUCCAUUUUUUGCUAUCUUGACCGAAAUUGUCUAAAGUUGCGAUAUUCUGGCUUUAGUUUGGUAGGGUGUCCAUGAACACACUGUAGACAAACCAGCAGCAUGUAGAAAGUACGUGGAUAAGACGUUUUUCAGAUAAAUUUUUUCCUUUUUUUAUACUCCUUCUUAAUUCUAUUAUUUUAGAGAAAUCUUUUAAAUGAAAUUUCGAAGGAAAAGCAUGGGUAAACAAGCCUGAGUCCGUUCUUCGUUCUACAUCCAUUUGCUCAGCUCAUCUAUCAGAAAAUAAGCAUUAAAAGGGUUACCGUUCCUACUCGAAGCUAUAGCCUUGAUUACUUAGGAUGAGGACUGUGCUCACUAUGUUUUUGUGAAAACAAUGUUCGAUGAGAUUUCCAUUUUCUAGUGCUACUCGAAGAGAUGGAUUGAAUAGAAUUGCAAAUGUGUUUAUAUUUUGUCUAAUUGAUAAUGGUUCUUGCUAAAAGAAAUGGCUUAGCUGGAAGUAUUCGCUAGAAUCUGGUGUUUGUUUACAUUGGAAAAUACUCAAAAAUGUUCGUCCCUUCUUUCUUCCUUCAAGAGCAUUUUAUUUUUGGAGAGGUUGGAGAAAGGCUAAGGCAAGCAAGAGGAAAGAGCUAUAUCUACUUUGUAUCUAUUAUUCAACUAGUAUUGUUUCAGCGAAGUAAAAACGGGUUGGAAAAUUAGUCAAAAUGGAGAGCCAAGCAGACAAUUUUUCUGGAGAAGCUGAUUUCGAACAAGAAGAUCUGCAUGUUAUUAGAUUUAUGAUUGGACUCUCAAUUUCAGUACCCAUGCUUAUUUUGCUUUUGAUUAUCGUUAGAAGAUAUAUUGAUUGUAAACAUAAAAAAUAUCGACUUUUCCGGGCAGUAUUGUGUUGCAUGUCCAUCUACGAUGAAGAAGAUAAUGAAGCCGACUUCUAUAAUAUCCCUGCUACUGAAUCUACGAUUACUCUUCCUCGCUACUCUCCUACUCUUCAAGAGAACGAAGAGCUACUGGGAACUUCUGGAGAGCGCGAGGGUAUUGAUGUCGUUUUAACUCCUUCACGGCUUCCUGACACAGAGCCUAACCCAUAUCCCUUUCUGUACAAUACAAGUAGCAGGCUUCGCUUCAUCCAAAGAAUGGAAAUAGAGAAGUUGCAGUCACCCCGAAUUUCUUAUCACAACCUUGGAGUUGGACGUUGUAACGGCGGUCGUAUUUUACCAUCCUAUCCUGAACCUGCCCGUAUUCACGUCUCUCCAAACGAUCCCAACGAUUUUUCUGAUAGAAGAUCUUCUUCUUCUCAAAAUACCACUCUUUCAGAGUCCUUCCAUACGUCUGCAUCUACGCCUACACCUUAUUCUCAUUCUCCUCCUCCUUACUGUUACGGCACUAUCAAUACACCUCCGCUUGAGUAUAGUGUAUUUUCGAAUGCUAGUACCUUGGUGAGUACUUAGCAUUUCUGUUUUGCCGUUUUCUUUCAUCUACAGGGCUCAUGGUUCCCUUUUUUUUGUGGCUUACGAUUACUUAUGCCACGAGUUCUACUAAUAAUAUCUAUUCUUUUCAUUUAUUUUUCUUUUCA